GGCAAGGAUGACGUGGGACUGUUCCUGGGAGCACAGCUGUGAUGCUGGGAGGAGGAAGGGCCAGGCAACAUUGCCCUCCCAGAUCCUACCCUCAAAUUAUUCCAGGGAUAGGCGUCAUGCACCCCAGGGCCUCUGCUUGCCCUGACUCUGAUACAGAAGCUGUAUGUUCCCAGUGACAGUGGAAAUGGCAAGUUUGCUGAGCUCCUCUCUGCCCAGCUUCCUCUCCUUGCUCCUCCUCCUCAUCCAGCUCUCUUCCAGCUCUGCAGGACAAUUCAGAGUAAUAGGACCAAGGUACCCCAUCCGGGCUCUUGUGGGGGAUGAAGUGGAAUUACCAUGUCGAAUAUCUCCUGGAAAGAAUGCCACAGGCAUGGAGGUGGGGUGGUACCGACCUCCCUUCUCCAGGGUGGUUCAUCUCUACCGAAAUGGCAAGGAUCAAGAUGGAGAGCAGGCACCUGAAUAUCGGGGCCGGACAGAGCUGCUCAAAGAGGGUAUUGGUGAAGGGAAGGUAACUCUCCGGAUACGGAAAGUGAGGUUCUCAGAUGAAGGCGGUUUCACCUGCUUCUUCCGAGAUCACUCUUACCAAGAGGAGGCAGCAAUGGAAUUAAAAGUGGAAGACCCCUUCUACUGGAUCAACCCUGGAGUGCUGGUUCUCCUUGCAAUCCUGCCUGUGCUUCUCCUGCAGAUCACCGUGGGGCUUGUCUUCCUUUACCUGCAGCAGAGACUCAGAGGAAAACUUCGAGCAGAGAUAGAGAAUCUCCACAGGACAUUUGAUCCCCACUUUCUGAGGGUGCCCUGCUGGAAGAUCACUCUGUUUGUAAUUGUGCCAUUUCUUGGACCCCUGGUUGCCUUGAUCAUCUGCUACAACUGGCUGCACCGAAGACUAGCAGGGCAAUUUCUUGAAGAGCUAAGUAAGUUCUCCUCCUUUCUUAUAAAACUGAGAACAGACAAAACAAAAAAUUAGCAAGAGAAAGAAGUAGACAGUCCUGAAGGGUCAGCAUCCCAAAGGAAAGAAAGGGCUAGAGAGCAUGGAGGGAGCCGACUCCAGUCAAGUAUUAAGAGAAGCCCUUUUUCAGUUGCAGGAAAAGAAACUGGGGGUUCUCCCUGCUGCUGCCUGGUUUGCCACCUUUGAUGCCCUUAGGAAGAAUCCCACUCAGUUUCUUUUUUCUUUCUCCACAGCAGCUGCCUUGUCCCUCAUGACCAAUAACAACCAAAGAGGCGGGCAGAAACAGGUUAACCACAAUAGGUUUUGUCCUGAUCAAUAAUUUAAUGAUAGAAGUGAUGAUUUGGGGCUGGGUGGUGGUGUACAUGUUAAGUGCACAUGUUACAGAGCACAAGGACCAGGUUUCAAGCCCCCAGUUCACAACUGCAGAGGGAAAGCGUCACAAGUGGUGAAGCAGGGCUGCAGGUGUCUCUGUCUCUCUACCUCUGACCUCCUCUCAAUCUCUGGUUGUCUCUAUCC